CGGCACACAUCAGUCGUCGGUGGGAGUUCGAAUACAUACGUCAGCAGAUAAGACGUGCUCAGUCGCUGGAGUGGGACUGAAAAAUGUAUACCCAAGUGGAAAAACUGGAGAAGAAGUAAGGAAAAAUGUAAUCCAUUGCAAGCUUUGCAAGAACACUGAGAAACCCCAAAAGAGGAAGGUGCCAGUGCCAGUGGCAGUACCAGUACCAGUGCCAGUGCCAGCCGGAAGCCCCGAACAAAGGCAGACCAGACCCACUUACAGCACAAGUGAGUGGAACCCAGUGGAACCAGCGGCAGCAACCCCCAAAACAGACAACAACCCACCAACCCCAACCACAACCACAACCCCCUAUAUGAUUAUCGUACUGUUGUUGCUGUUCCAAUCGCUCUGCCUCUACUGCCAACGUCUGGUGCUGCACAUCCACGACCGAUGUUUCCCCCGCAACGUACGCCUCUUGCAGGAGGUGGCCGAAACGGUCGGCGAUCGUAAAGCACAACAGCAUCUAGAGCAGCAGCAGCUGGAGCAGACCAAGCGCCGCCAGAAACGCCGCAUCCUCGAGCCCAUUCUUCCCCUCGGAGCUGGCGUCAACUCCGAAGCCUGUCGCUUCUGUGCACACAGCCCGCAGGGCUACUGCCGUCAUCACUUCCACUUGCAGGAGCUGAAGCUCCACCAGCAGCGGCAGUCGUCCCGCAUCGGCGGGGACCAGGACUACAAGCAGCUGCGUCGCAUCAAGCGCGAGCUAAAGCAGAGUCUGGGACAACGGCAGCCACAGCUGAGAAGCUAUCGACCACUGCUGUCCGGCAGUCCCAGCUGCAGCUCCCUGAGCAGUGGUUACGGUUCGCUCAGCACCUGCAGCACCUACGCCGACGAGGAGGAGGAGGAGGAGGAGUACGACGAGUCAGUCGAGGUCGAGGAGCCAGGUAACCUGGUAACUACUCACUUGUAGCCC